GUGUUUUGAGUCGAAUUGACUUGAGAUCGAAAUGAAAAAGGAUAACAACCGAGGUAUUCCAAUUGUUUAUACCAACACGUCAACUUUCAGUUUUGGUUCAUAAUGUGGGACAUUUUGAGAGAUAAUGCGACAGUUUUGACAACUGAUAUUCAAGAGAAUACUCUUCUCAUCUUGCGUAGACACAAAUCAUGAGCAAAGCAAAGGAUGGUUCCGCAUAUCAAAGAGUAAAAAAAAGAUCGGAAGGAAUGAGUGGCUCUGAAGAUUUCACUGACAAACAGAAUCUCUUAAAUGGUGAAAAAUCAGCGUCCAAUAUGGAAACUAAACACAAGGAAAUUACAAUACUUGGAUGGUCUUUAAAUAGAGUGAUUUUAAUCACACAUCUGAACAUUUUCCUGUAUUCAGCUUGUUUUUGGAUACAAACAGGAACUCUCCCAUAUCUCUCUAAAAAGCUGGGAGUAAAUGCAGUAUGGUUUGGAUACCUACAGACAACAUUUGCUGUUGUGCAGUUGGCUGGGGGCCCGCUGUAUGGGAGAUUUGGGGACAUAUUCGGGAGUCGGGCGGCAAUGACCUUGGCCUUUGUUUCUGCUGCGUUAUCAUAUCUGCUGUUGUCAGUAUCAACAUCUGUUCCAAUACUCUUCUUGUCACGACUGCCCUCCGUGUUCAUGCAUGCAAUGCAAGGUGGACAGAUGAUAGUUACUGAUUUGGGGGAUUCUGGGAAACGUGCAGAUGCCCUCGGAAAGUUAGGGUUAUCCUACGGCAUAGGGAUGGUGAUUGGUCCCGUUGUAGGGGGUCUCAUUACAAAAUUUCUAGGGUUAGAGUUUGCCGCGUUUGUUGCAUUUUUGGGGUCAGUGUUCAGUAUAUGUUUAGUUUUAACAUUUGUGCCAAAACAGACCAAAAAAGUACAAGUUCAAGAAAAAAGUGGUGGUGCAUUGUUGGAUUGGAGGAAAUGGAUGUCAUUGGUGAUGGCACCUGGAGCUUUAUUCUUGUUAAUUUUAAGGGUAGCAACAGGAAUUCCUAUUGGAAUAUUCCAGAGUAUGUUUCAAGUUGUGGCCUUGGAAACAUUUAAUUUGCCAGCUGAUCAAAAUGGGUAUUUAAUGGCUUAUAUAGGAAUUCUUUCAAUGAUAGUUCAAGGUGUUGGAGUUGGUGUAGUAUUGAAGAAAGUUAGUGAAAAUGCAAUCAUGAAAUGGGCAUCAUUCUUGUUAGUGUGGUCAUACCUAAGUCUUUCAUAUGUAUCAACUAUAGUACAGCUAUGUUUAGUUCUGGCACCAUUAACCAUUGGUCUAGCAUCACAAAAUAUUGUCAUCAGUAGUGCUUUAACUAGAACAGUUGAUGAAGUGGAUACAGGUGCUAUGCUGGGUUUAAAUAUGGCUACAAAUUCACUGAUACGAACUGUUUCACCUACAAUUGGUGGUAUCAUGCUGGAGAAUCUCGGUUUUUCAUCUUUCGGUUACCUUGGUUUCCUGUCAUCUGGUAUUGUUACUGCAGUGCUUUUUGUAAAAUUCCGAAACAAAACAUGACAUUAACAUUUUCUCUGUUUUUGUAUGUUUUCAAUGGCAUUUAAUAAUAUGUGGACAUACAAGUACUUACAGCUUGUGUUUAAUGUUAACUGUAUUUAAGGCAGCAUGUCUGCAAGAUAAGUUGACAAUUUUUUUCAAAAAUUCAAAUUUAAUACCCACUUAUCCUCAGAAGGGAAUAAGAGAUUCUUUGCCCCCUGAAGAUAAUUCAAACCUGUUUAUAAUAAUGGAUUAAGAGCAUGUUAGAUGCUGUCAUGUGCAGAAAUCAGUGUUGAUUGUGAAAAUAAAUUGUCAUAAAACAAGCAAAAUAUGAAAAAGUGGUAUUUUGUCUUCCACACAAAACUUCAGUUCCUCUGUUUAUUAAGCUAUAUCUGAUGAAAUAUUUUAUGAGAAUUUGAAAACAGUAAAAUUCAUUUGUUUUCAUAUUAACCCUAAUAGAUAUAUCUUAAAAGAUUUGUAACAUAUUGUUAUAUGUAUAUUAUUUAAAUAUUAGGAGCAUUGUAUGUAAACAGAACAAAAUGUUACAGAACAAUAAUUAUGCUACUAUUUUAGCAGGUUUGGGGAUGGUUUCAUACAAUUUGUAUGUAAGGCUGUGCCAUUUGGCUUGACAAUCUGUUUAAACACUUGACAAUGCUUUUACUGUCAAUCUAGAACAUAUCAAACAGUUUCUAAACUUAUAUAUAUAAAAAUAGUGUAAUUCUUUAGGCAUGCUGCUUUAAUAAAACAUAUAUUUGUAUAUUAUGCCAAUUAUUUUUACUCUGUUAUUUAAAAAUGGUAUUUAUUUAUGUUUUAUCUUAUAUUUUUAGCUCACCUGAGCUUGCUCAGGGUGAGCUUUUAGGAUCGGUGAAUGUCCGUUGUCCGUCCGACCGUCCACAAUUGCUUGUGAACACUCUAGCGGUCGCAUUUUUGCCUCAAUCAUCAUCAAACUUGGUCAGGGUGCUUGUCUACUUGAAAGCUCGGAUGAGUUCGAACAUGGGUCAUCUCGGAUGAAAAACUAGGUCACAAGAGCUAAAAAUAGAAAAACCUUGUGAACUCUCUAGAGGUCACAUUUUUGACCCAAUCAUCAUCAAACUUGGUCAGGAUGUUUGUCUAGGUGAUAGCUUGGAUGAGUUUGAACAUGGGUCAUCUCGGAUGAAAAAGUAGGUCACUGGAGCUAUAACUAGAAAAACCUUGUGAACACUCUAGUGGUCACAUUUUUGAACCAAUCAUCAUCUAACUUGGUCAGAAUGCUUGUUUAGUCAAUUGCUUGGAUGAAUUCGAACAUGGGUCAUCUCUGAUGAAAAACUAGGUCACACGAGCUAAAAAUAGAAAAACCUUGUGAACACUCUAGUGGUCACAUUUUUGACCCAAUCAUCAUCAAACUUUGUCAGGAUGCUUGUUUAGAUAAUAGCUCGGAUGAGUUCGAAUAUGGGUCAUCUCGGAUGAAAAAGUAGGUCACCAGAGCUAUAAAUAGAAAAACCUUGUUAACACUCUAGCGGUCACAUUUUUGCAUCAAUCAUCAUCAAACUUAGUCAGGAUGCUUAUCUAGUUGAUAGCUUGGAUGAGUUCGAACAUGGGUCAUAUCGGAUGAAAAAGUAGGUCACCGGAGCUAAAAAUAGAAAAACCUUGUUAACACUCUAGCGGUCACAUUUUUGCAUCAAUCAUCAUCAAACUCGAUCAAGAUGCUUGUCUAGGUGAUAGCUCGGUCGAGUUUGAACAUGGGUCAUCUCGGAUGAAAAACUAGGUCACAGGAGCUAAAAAUAGAAAAACCUUGUUAACACUCUAGUGGUCACAAUUUUGACUCAAUUGUCAUUAAACUUGGUCAGGAAACUUGUCUAGGUCAUUGCUUGGAAUAAAUCGAACAUGGGACAUCUCGGAUGAAAAACUAGGUCACAGGAGCUAAAAAUAGAAAAAUCUUGUUAACACUCUAGUGGCUACUGUUGUGAUCCAAAUAUUCUGUUAAUUGGUCUGAAAGUUUGUUUUGAUGAUUUCUAAGUCAAGAUCGAACAUGGGUCAUCUUGGAUGAAAAACUAGGUCACACCGCCCAAAUAUGGAAAAAACCUUGUUAACAUUCUAGUGGUCACAUUUUCGACUCAAUUAUCAUCAAACUUGGUCAGUAUACUUGUCUAGGUAAUUGCUUGGAUGAGUUCGAAAUCGCAUGUGAAACUAGGUCACCGGAGCUAAAAAUAGAAAAAUCUUGUUAACACUCUAGUUGCUACUGUUUUGAUCCAAGUAUCCUGGAAAUUGGUCUGAAAGUUUGUUUUGAUGAUUUCUAGGUCAAGUUUGAAUAUGUGUCACCUGGGUAAAAAACUAGGUCGCACUGCUCAAAUAUGGAUAAUCCUUUUUAACAUUGUAGUGGUCACAUUUUUGACUCACCUGUCAUGAGACUUGGUCAGAAUGCUUGUCUAGGUAAUUGUUUGGAUGAGUUUAAUAAUUCAGGUGAGCGAUCUAGGGCCAUCAUGGCCCUCUUGUUAUACAUUUGAAACAUAGGGUUUUUAAUUUAAACACAUUCCAAAUCCAUAACACUUUAAGAUAAUCAGGUCAUAGUUUAUGUAUUCAUCCCAGAUUUUUGAAUUUAAUUUGUAUUAUCAAAACAAAAAGGGAAAACCAAAACAAAGAACAUCUAAUAAUAGUAUAUAUUUUUAACCAGGUUUUCCGAAGGAAAAAACUGGUUAUUAGAUUGAGGUAUGUCGGCGGGCGGGCGGAUGGGCGGGCGGGCGUAAACAAUUUCUUCUGUGCGCAACUCCUUCUACAUUUCUCAACGGAUUUUGACCAAACUUUCACAGAAGCUUUGUCAUCAAUUAAGUGCCCUGGCGCAUAUUGUCAGGGUUUUACGAUUGGACCUAAUUAUUAAUUAUUUGACCUAAUUAUGGCCCUUUGUUUUUUUCCUUAUAUAGAAUAUAUAGUGAACAAUUUCUUCUUUGCGCAAUUCGUCCUACAUUUCUCAACGAAUUUUUUUCAAACUUUCACAGAAGCUUUGUAAUCAAGUGCCCUGGGGCAUAUUGUGGGAGUUUUGCAAUUGGAUAAUAUUUGACCUAAUUACGGCCCUUUGUUUUUUUUCCUGAUAUAGAAUAUAUUAUAGUGAACAAUUUCUUCUGUGCGCAACUCCUCCUACAUUUCUCAAAGGAUUUUGACCAAAAUUUCACAGAAGCUUGUCAUUAAGUGCCCUGGGGCAUAUUUUCGGGGUUUUGUGAUUGGAUAAUAUUUGACCUAAUUAAGGCCCUUUGUUUUUUUUUCCCUAUACAGAAUAUAUAGUGAACAAUUUCUACCGUGCGCAACUUCUGCUCUCAAUGGAUUUUGACCAAACUUUCACAGAAGCUUUGUUAUCAAGUGCCCUGGCGCAUAUUGUUGGGGUUUUGUGAUUGGAUAAUAUUUGACCUAAUUAUGGCCUUUUUUUUUCCUUAUA